AUGUGCUGCCUUCCUCAUGAAAAAGGUCAAGGUUGCCCGCAAAAUUCCUCUACUAAAAACGAACAUUUUAGUUGUGAAUUACCUAACUUCAUCCUAAAAGGAAAUAAUAAUCCGGCUAAUUCUAAUAAUCAAAAUGAAGAAGAAACGGUUAGAAAAUUCAUGGAAAACAAUGGCAUCCGCCAUCUCACUCUCGAUAACGGGAAACUGUUAGCCGAAUAUAAUAGUGGAAAAAAGGAAAUGCUCGAAUUAGAAGGUCAAAAAUUACAAACUAUUAAGAAUUAUUUAGAAAAGAAAACCGCCGAUAAAGAAUACCAAAAACAGAGUCAGAAUACCAAGGAAAUUAUUCAGAAUGCUGAAAAACUGGGGGUAAAAUAUAUUCUCAAUACCGGACAAGACAUGCCAACUAACCGAUUAUUACUUAUUCAAUUAAAAGACUUUGCUAAUUUAUUCGGUGCCCUUGGUUUACACCCGAACAAGUUAGCCAAAAAACAUAAUUUGCCAGUCUUACUACAUAUUAGAGGUGAAGAAAAUGAAAAAUUUAUGGAUGCUUUUACCGAUGCUUACGAAAUAGUGAAAGAAGUGGGAAUAAAAAAGGGCAUUCUUCAUUGUUUUACCGGAAAUUGGGAAAUAGCUCAAAAAUUCAUUGAUUUAGGCUUUUAUAUUUCCUUUGCCGGCAAUAUUACUUACCAAAAUGCUAAAUGGAAGGAGAAAUGA